AUGCAGGUGCCCAUGGACAAGCAGAUGUCGAGGCGUCUCGUUAAGAUAACCAACUAUGCGCUAGUACAAGUCCUUAAAGCCGCGGUCACGCGUCUACGUAUCGUCGAGAUGGAGCUAGGCGAUCUGGAGCUUGCGCUGGAGGAUGAACAGGAGGAGGUGGAGUCUUACAGCGACGACAUCGACGACUGCCACGACCGUAUUGAAGAUAUAAACGAGUUCGUGCGCGAACUUGAAGGAGGCACUGUGUGCUUAGUGAGCGACGUGGAGGCGGCACUGUUUGAAAUGUCUGAGGAGCUCAACGAAGAGCAGAAGCUACUGAAGGUGUUGGGAGACGCGCGUGCGAGCCAUGAGCAGCAGUUCGAGCAGCUGCACACGAAGUCGGCCACGCUUCAGCAAGAGCGCCUGAUGCUGGUCAAGACUCGGUACCAGAUCUGCUCUCUCUUUCGUCACAACGGCGUCUUUGACCUCGUGCGACGGCGACUGGCGGUGCUCGGCCCCAAGUUGCUUUAA